GCGGCGGGCGCAGCGCGGCCCCCCGUGGCUCCGCCGCCCCGCCCCGCGCAGCCCCCGGGCGCGCAGAAGAUGGCCGGGCGCGGCGGGACCAGCGGAGGCCGCGGCGUGGUGAUUUCAGACAAUUGGCCUGGAUACAGCCUGGAUUUGUUUACUUACCCUCAGCACUACUAUGGAGAUCUGGAGUAUGUGCUCAUACCUCAUGGCAUUAUUGUUGACAGGACAGAACGAUUGGCCAAAGACAUUGUGCAAGACAUUGGAGACAAUGAUAUUGUGGUUCUCUGUGUCCUCAAAGGUGGCUACAAGUUCUGUGCUGACCUUGUGGAGCACAUUAAAAAUCUCAGCAGAAAUUCGGAAAGGUUCAUCUCCAUGAAAGUUGAUUUUGUUAGACUGAAAAGUUACCACAAUGAUCAGUCUAUGCAAGACAUGCAGAUAAUGGGAGGAGAUGAUCUUUCAAAGCUGACUGGGAAGAAUGUUCUAAUUGUGGAGGAUAUUGUUGGAACUGGAAGGACUAUGAAGGUUCUGCUUAAUACUAUAGAAAAAUAUAAGCCAAAAAUGAUUAAAGUGGCAAGUUUGUUGGUGAAAAGAACAUCUCGCCCUGAUGGCUACAGACCAGAUUAUUACGGCUUUGAAAUCCCAGAUUUGUUUGUUGUAGGUUAUGCCUUAGACUACAACGAGCACUUCAGAGAUCUAAACCACAUAUGCGUUAUCAAUGACCACGGCAAAGCAAAAUACAGAGUCUGAAGCAGUAACAUCCUCACCUGAAGAUUUGUGUAAGCUCAGCAGAACAGAAAUAUGACUACACUCCCUCCAGCAUCUCCCAGAAGAGUGGUUCAACUGACUUGUGUUUCUUUCAACUCAGUGUAAUAUAGAGUUUUACUCUCAAGAUACUGAUUAAUAUUUACAGAAGUGAGAGCUGUUAUCUAAAAUGUGAAGCAGAGGGCUUUCAAAGUUAAUAACUUUUUAAAAUAUUAAAAUUAAUUACCACAUAAGAUGCCUUUUGACUAAUAAUCUGCCUGCCUCGAGUCUCACUGUGAAUGACUUUCCUUCACUUAGUCCAUCAUUCUGUCUGUUGCGAUUCAUGUACUUCACUGUGUGCAUAAGAUCAUUCAAAAGUGCCAUUCUGUGCAUUGAGACUAUUUUACAGAUUUUUAUUGACUUCAACAGCCCUUUAGUCUUGUCAGAUAUGCUGCUGCCAAAUUGAAAGUAUUUUUUAUUUACUUCCACACUUCAAAAGUUUCAGCUGAAGCUGUACAUUGUAUGAUCAUACAUUUCCAGCAGUUCCUUACAGCAUCUUCUGAACAGUUGUUUUAAGUCUCAGAAUAUACUGAAUUAGAGAGCUGCUGCAACAUGAACCUUUGCAAGACAGUGUUGCUCUGGAAUUGGAAGGUCUUGGUAUGUCACGUAGCCAUAGAACUAACUAGUUUAAUGUGCUGAAUUUUAAUCAAGCAAACAAUGCCAGGCAGCUUUCAAUUUCUGCACGGUAGCCUUUUACUUCUGUAGGACACAAGUAAAAAAACUAACAUAGUAUUCUCCUGUGCGCAUAUGCUUAACUAAAUCUCACUAAGCACAAAAGUUUAAUGCCAGUCAGACAACUAUUCGGUUGUGAUUUGAUUUUUGUAGAAUGUCUAAGUUGAGGCCUUUCAUAAUGAUUUGUCAUCUUUAAGAACAAAGAGCUGACAAUGUUGGAGAAGAUUGAUAUUAAAAAAAAGGAAGAAAAUUGUGUAGGAAAACAUAGCAAGCAAGUUAACCCAUGGAUACUGUAGCUUCUAGAGCUUCAUUCCCUUUUAUAUUGUUUUUGAAGAAGUUGGUUAACUUACGUGCGGUAUUAAGUUUGAAAACUCUCAUUCUGCACUGUACGUGUCUGUUCUCAACAGCUUCCCAAGGGAAGCCAGUGCAAAGUAAGUCGCUGUAUAUUUAUAGCUUUGCUCUGAACUGUGAGAGGCACAUUCAGGUUCCUUUAAACUAAUAAAGAAACAGUAAGAACA